GCGUGAUGUUUUCUGGUUUGAUGGAGUUGAUGUUGACUCAUCUUCGACAAACGACAUAUCCCGAGAUAGUGUACGUAUCGUCUCCUGCUCCACUGAAAUCACUAGCUAAUCUUGAGUUGUACUAUGAAUUUGCUACGGGGCCGGUGCAACACUCGAAAACUCCGAACCGCAAUCAUCGGGACGUGUCUCUGCCACCGAGCUCUUUCGUCGCUGGGCAGGAUCCCUUCGUGCACGGCACUGAAAAUCGCCGUUGUAACGGGGAGCACGAGAACGUCCGGCCCCCCGUCGAUCAACGGUCCCCGCAUUGCGAGCUUUGUACGACACGAGCUCGAGGAGCGAGGAAACACAAUUGUGGCCGAGAUCGAUCCGAGGGACUUUCCGCUGCUCGAAAAGCCCGAGUUUGCCCACCACCGACGAACCGUACCGAAACCGCUACGGGAGGCCAGGGCCGUGCUCGAGGAAGCCGAUGCCUACGUGUGCAUCACCCCCGAAUACAAUCACGCGCCCUCUCCGGGUCUCGUGAACGUUCUGAACCACUUUGGCUCGUCCGUCUUCUCCUUCAAGCCGAGCGCAAUCGUCAGCUACUCGGCCGGCCAGUGGGGGGGUACGAGGGCCGCUAUCGCGCUCCGGCCGAUCCUCAGCGAGCUGGGGGCCCUGCCAGGUACGAGCCGCUGGAAUAGAAUAGAAUCGAAUGGAAUGGAAUCGAGUCGAAUCGAAUCCGUCCGUUUGGAUUCCACUCUGAUGUGAUACCGGCACCAUCUCCCAGAGGGUCUCUUUUCUUUUGGUGAAGUACUGACACGAAUCGUGUUUGCUUGUUGUUCGAAACCAUGGCUGCAGUUAGUGCGAUGAUCCACAUACCGAAUGCACAGGUACGAAUCGAAUUCGAUAAGCGUGCGCAACACAGCUCAUGAUCCGUCCCACGGAAUCUCUGACAGAGAGAGGCGCCAUAAUGUCGUUGCUUUCGUGGCGCUAUUUCAUUCUUUUUCUUCAUUUUUCUACCGCAGGAUGCAAUUGACGACGAUGGAACACCUACAACUGACCCCAAGCGAUGGAAAGAGUAUUGCGGUCGCUGCUUUUCACAGCUGGAAUGGUGGGCGGACGCAGCCAAAAAUCACAAGGAGAUCGCCGAUCCUUUCGAAGAAUCGAAACCGUUUCGAUUAACUCCCUCUCAAAGAAACGCACCAAAGAAACAAUAAACGACGAUGCGAAAGGAAGUAAAUAAUAUCUAUCAGUACGACGUUGUUGCUGUGGCCAAUGGUAACCACCAAUUCAACGUUUGAACGAGAGUACAGGUAUGUCUAGUGUCGAACAUUAAUAGAAACGCACUUCGUAUAUAUGCAAUAUUUAUUGAAAGGAAUUUCCUUCAUCUUUUCCUAGUAUCGUGAAGCUCUUCUCGCCUGCUUCGGAGAGAGCAUCAUGGCUCCGAUAGCAAUGGUAAGGAUUGCGACACCAACUCCAACAAGCAACAUGGGAUCGGGUCCGUUCGAGUUUCCGGACGAAUCCUCGGCAAUUAACUUAAUUACGAGCUUGCUUCCCUGAGAAGCACCACGAGCGAGCAUUACAGCCUCUGCCAAAUCUUCGUCGGUAGAUAUCAAUAUUGCAUCCCCUUCUUCGUCAAUGAAUUUCAGAGUAAUGUUCAUCGCGUUCUUUCUGUCCUUUAACUUGCCUGCCAGCACUUUGCGAAGAGAGCCAACCUUCGCUUCGGAACGGAGACGGUGAGUAUGACCAUCAGGAUCAAUAAUCUUGAAAGUAACGGCAUUUCCUUCGGAAAAGAAACUUCCAUUCUCCAAUUUGUAGGUAUCAUUUAAAGUGGUUUCGUCGAAAUCAUCGUUCACACCGUCCUGGAACUCUAGUGUCGAUGGGAUGUUGCUUGGAAUGGUUUGAAUGGCGGGAUGCGAUGAAACCAUAGGGGCAUCUUUUGAGAUUUUGAUUGUCGUAAAUUUGUUCUUAUUUUUUGGAGUGUUGAUCGACUCAUUGACCGUGUAAUCAUCAACUUGCAAAGCGACUUCAAAAAUAGACCGCCAGUGAUCGGCUCCUCCGCACGCAUGUAUAAGGUCCAUUACAUCGACGAUACCAAUAACAGAUCCAUCUUCAUCACACACUGGUAGCGUCAAGAAUUUAUUGUCAUGCAUCAUUUUCAAAGCUUCUAUAGCGGACAUACCAGGAUCGGCACAUUCAGGAUCUGGCGUCAUUACCAUGGAUACAGUAGUAGAUGAUACAUCGAGCUCGGCAGCAACAACUCUGGUCAUCAUGUCCUUGAAGCCGAAAAUUCCUACAAGUUGUUCGCCAUCAACAAUAAGCGAAGCUUUUCGAUUCUCCGCCAUGAGAGUGGCUGCAUCCGACACAGUUGUUUCAGGAGAAACAAUUGCACAAGCUCUAUCGCGAACAAUAGUUCGUAAUGAUGGUAUGCCAGAAUCGGUACCGAACGCCUGACUUAGAAGUGGAUAUAGAAGAUCUUCAAGGGCAGCUGCAUCGGCACCAACUUUUGAAUCAAGUGCUUUUUUCAUCAGUGUUUCUGCAGCAUUGGGUUUGUUGGAGGCAGAGCUUUCCAAUUUUGAAAUUGCAUCGUUAAGGCAUUUAGCAAUAUCCAACGUUCCAACAACACCCUGUUGACCGACAACAGGUAUGUGGCGAAAACUAUUCUCGAUCAUUAGCAUCAUAGCAUCCAUUGCAGAGCCAUUUUCAUUAACAGAUUUUGGAUUUGGUGUCAUAACAUCCGAAACAAGAGUAGAUUUGGCAUCCACUCCUUUCGAAACAACACGUCUUGUGAUAUCUGUAUCAGUAAUAAUUCCGGACAAGUUCCCUGCAUCAUCAACCAAAAUUGCGGCAUCCCUUCUAUUCCUGGCAAGAUUCAUUGUAACUGCUAAGAUAGUAUCAUCGGGAGAAGCAAGUAUGGGUUUUUUUGGGCGAAGAUUCUUGACAGUCUUAUUUCCUUUCGAACGCGUGGAGGAAGCUUUGGAUCGACCCAUUGCAGCCUCGAUAGUGUUGCUUUUUGCACUUCCAAUCGAAGCUGUGUCGGACAGAUCAUMAAGGUCCAAUGUAGUAUUGAAAAUGGAUCUCCAACCAUCUGCACCGCCACAACCAUAAAUCACAUCCAUUACA